UUAUUUCCAAGAGGACAAACAGAGAUUAAUUCUUGUAUAUUUGCGGUUUUCUGCGGACAGGAGCCAUGGUUUCUCACUCUCUCGCCCUGCCGAUGAUCUGCUUCACCACGUUAUGGGGGCUGGUGGGCGUCGUUGCUCCGUUUUUAGUACCGAAAGGACCCAACCGGGGUGUGAUUGUCACCAGUCUCAUCCUCACAGCGGUCUGCUGCUACUUGUUUUGGCUGGUCGCCAUUCUGGCCCAAACCAACCCUCUGUUCGGCCCCCAGCUGAAGAAUGCAACUAUAUUGUAUCUGCGUUACUUCUGGGAGUAAACCAGGACGGUGUGACGUGAUGCCUCUCAUCAUUCCUAUCCUGUGGUUGGCUGGACUUUAUUUCUACAUAACUCCAUUAACCGUUAAACAUUCCCACAUACACACACACAUACACAACCUGUAGAAUUGAUGAAAAGUCUUUGGAAAUAUUUACAAUUAUGUACAGUACUUAAAAUGUAAAAUUUAGCGUGUUUUAAGCCCCGUGUUGUGGGUUUUAAAACAAAGAUAGAGUUGUGACUUGGCAGGAUUCGGGAACAAAUCACAGGAAAGCAUUAAGUGUUUUUCUCUGUUACUGAUAGGAAUGAUUUCCAGUGAAACCGUUACAUCAUCUGUUAGGAGUAGAUAUUAAUCUCCCCUCUCUGAAAUGUGCAAUCUUUAAGUACUUUAGUUUACUUUGUGUUUGUUUACAUUUUUUUGGCUUUGUGUUGCUGCCAUCAGGGAACAUGCAUUUUCUAAGUAUUUGUAUUUAUUUUGCCCGGGGACACUGAUGUAAGUGCGUUGUAAUUACCUCAGUGUCCACGCGGUCUUGUUAUAUAACUGUUAUUAUCUGUGAUGUAAUGGUGUGUGUGUGAGUGUGAGUGUGUGUGAAGAGUUCAUUACUGUGAGUGCUUGGACCGCGGCCAUGAGAAUCUCCCAAAACCAUAAAAGUGAAGAGCGAUUCCCUCCACUUUAGACCACUUCAGCAUGAAACUCCCUCCCACACUCCCCUCGUGCUCUACACCGCGGAGGUUCUCGUUGCCAUGGCGAUCUCAUCGCCCAAUUCAGUCCCUUUCCACUCGACCCCUUUUGAUGAAAUCCUGCCCAUUCCUCGCCUGCUUGUGUGCAGAUGUACUGUAGGUUGUACUGUCGGGACAUGUUUUUUUUGGGGGGGGGGGAUUGAGUUUGCUGGCAGCCGCUGAUAGAUCUGGUGAUAAUAUCCACUAUCUUUAAAUCUGUUUAAUCUUCUUUCCACCAAAAAAAAUCCCCUCUCAAGUUUUUUUUAUAUAACCACUCUUUACAGCAAAUUCCUCACUUAAACUUCAGCUAAUGAAUUCUUUUGGGGUUAGGAGCUCUUUAAGACAGAGUGACCCCUCACAUCUUUUCAGUCGCUGGGCAGCAGAGAAGAAAUGUUUUCCUGCUGGGAAAAAAAGUGCAUUUAACAAAAGAAAUGUUAAUUCAUUGCACGUUUUCCAGACAUUUUCAGUAGCUGUAAUCUGUUAGAAACCGCCAUCAUAUGACUGGUGGAUUCCUCUGUCUGGCUGAUGUUGAAUAUUUAAUCAAAAGCCAACAAUGUCCCAGUAUAUCAGAUCACAGUUUGUAGUUUGAUGUGUAUAGAGCUCUGUAAUUCAGUCUUGAUAUAUUGCGUUUUCAAAAAGAAACACCUAAAAUCGAAUCCUUAGAAUCUACAAAUCCUGGAGACCAAUGUUAAUCAGAGCAACACCAAUCAUUAUAAUUGUAUGUACAGCAUGUACUGUACUAAUGUAUUGCCCUAUAUGGAGCAAGUCAGCGAGCGUUCACACUACCCCCAACUGGAAAAGUCAGUCGCCCGGGUCAAGAGGUCGUGGUUAUUUCUGUUGACUGCUGUCAGUGCAGCUGAUCAUUGAAGCACCAUCCUCUCUGCAGCAGAGCUAGCAGCUAGCUGAAACCCAGUCAAUGGGCAGAGAAGCAGGAUGGUAAAUGUGCUUUAAUUUGACAGGGUCCAGACCUUUGAAACCGCCCACUUUCCCGAGUGGACUGAUUCAUCUGGCAUCAUGACAUGAAACAGCAGUUUCUUGGCUGGUAAGCAAAUGAUCCCAUCCAAGAUGCUGCUGUCAAGGCUGCUCUAAAUCAAUUAAAAAAGUACCAGUUAGUUUGAAAGUAGAGUCCAACCGGUACUGGAUUUUAGUGGUUAUUCGCAAUAUUAGGAAGGAAGAUAUUCUGAAAUAUUGUAUAUAUAUACAUGUAACAUUACCUCCACACUCUUAUUUAUGUUAUAACGUGCAGGUAGAAUGCACUGAGUAGUUUAAGUUUGCUUUUCCAUUAUGCAAAUGUUACUUUUCUUGACGCCAGCUGUUGGACGCUACGGUGACUUUAAGCUCUUGUCCCCUGUGCUGAAUGACACGAUAGAGUUGACUUGCUGUACUGUUUGCUUCGGAUUGUAAGUCAUAGCGCACUCUGCUGGACGAACUAAGUCAUGACAACAUUUCUGAUUUACCCCUAAAAAUUAGUUUUCAUAUCAGGCAUAUCAGACAACAUUUGCACCAAUACGAUAUAUUUGUGAUCAACCAAUAUCAGCCAAUAAAAUCGUCUGCACGAUUCAUUGGUUUGGCUCUUCUAGUGAAGGCAGUGUCGACUAAGGGCUCGAAUAUACUUGCUUUUAACUAUGACUUCAGCCUUGCCUAUCCCGCAGUGGUGUGGAGCGUUACGUGCCCAUAACAUGCAACAUGCAAAUAAGCGCUAAAAUAUUGAUGAUUUUGAUGGUUUCCAUUUGUCGCAUAGGCAAAACGAGAGACACAUUUGAAGUCUUAUGUACCAUCUAUGAUGGAGUGGCUUUCACCUUUUACAUCACCAUUAUCUGAGAAUUAACAUUAGAUCAGCCUCCUAGAGUGUUGGCAUGUUUGUUUACAUUACACCAUGCAGGUUCGGAAGCUCUACCUCUGCGUUUUAUUUGAGCUUUUACAUGGUUUCAUUUAUGUGGUGCUCCCUCUAGAGGAAUCCUCCAGUAACACACGUUGUACAUGGGAAAGUUUGUGAACAUUUACGUUCAGGUUGUCAAUGCGUAUGCAUGGUUCAAUAGGAAGUUUAUUUGAGCCCUUAAAAUGUCAAAUAUAUGUCUAUUGAUUGGUCAGAAAUUGGUUUGAGUGGUGGCAAUGACACACUGAAGAUGCUAUAAUUCUGUUUGAUGAAGGAAAAUGCUUCAUAGCUGUCUGAACAUUAAAACACACUCGGAACAGGUCAUAAAUUGAAGUCGCAGACAGACCAAACUUUAUGGUUGUUCUUGGGUACAUAUGUACAUAACUUGGCUUCCAUAACUGGCUGCUUCUUCUGAUAUUUUUUAACAUUAGCUUUAAGACUCUCAAGCAAG